AUGCAUCCGUUCGCGACGUUCGUCCUGAGGAGCUACUACAAGGCCACCGGCUGGAACGAAGACAACCUCUACGCCAACCUCACCCGCUCCUCCAAUGCCAUCCUCGACUUCACCGUCCCGCGCGGGCUGCACUUCCACAUCUCAAAGUCCCCGAACACGCUCUUCAAGACGACGUACUCGAUGAACGCCCUCCCGUCCCUUAACGGCUCCGUGGGCUACAUCUUCACCUCGUGCGGCCUCGACAUCACCGGCUCCGGCGACGUCCGCUUCAAGGACGUCAUCGACCGCUUCAGGGUGUACGACCAGCCGCGCAGGCCUGAGGGCAAGGAGGAGGAGUUCUUGGCCGGAGAGCCCGUUGACACCCGUGACUACCUGCUCUACGGCCGCGUGUACAUCCCAACCGGCCGCCUCGACGCGCUCGCCUCGACACGGCUCUCGCCCACGCUCCAGGCGCUCGUCGCCGCCAUCUCCGACCCGCGCGCGGACCUCACGCAGUCGCGCUUCAGCCGCGGCGGCGCGUCGCCGAGCAACGUCAUGCUCAACCUCCAGCACGACACCGGCCGCUGGUGCACCGAGUACACGUACAGCGCCGAGGACAGCAUGCUCGGCGUGCGCGUGCUGCAUAACUUCGGCAGGCUCGGCGCGCCCGCGGACAGCGCUGAGGAGAGCGAGCGCGCGCGCGACAAGCGGAUCGACGAGGAGGACGCGAUGGAGGGCGGGCUUAAGGGGCGCAUAUCGGUCGGCGCGGAGGUGUACUUCAGCGCGAAGGAGAGAAGCGCAGGAGUCUCCACCGGCAUCCGCUUCACGACCUUCCCCGACGCGACGCCGCCCUCCUUCCAGCUCCCCCCAGAAUCCCCACUCUCGCCCACCCCACCCCCGCCCCCGCCCGCAUCCCCCUCGCAGCCGCCCACCACGAUCACGGCCCUCUUCAACCCCAUGAUGGGCCACAUGUCCGGCGCGUACGCCGCGCGCGUCUCGCGCGACCUCUCCCUCUGCUCCCGCUUCGACUUCAACGUCUACAGCUACGAGAGCGAGUGGACGAUGGGCGCCGAGUGGUGGCUCCGCCGCUCAAAGUCAAAGUCCCAGGACAGCGACCCCGCCGCGCCCGCCCUGGCCUCCCCCGAGCCCGCCGCGGACGCGCCUUGGUCCGCCGAAGAGAUCACGGGCGUCGUCAAAGCGCGCGCAUCGACCUCCAACGACGUUGCAUUGAUGUGGGAAGGCCGUCUCAAGAAUCUCCUGAUCAGCCUGGGCGUCGUCUCCAACCUCUCCAGCCGCUCGAAGCCCAUCAAAUCACUAGGACUCGAACUCUCCUACUUUAGUUCCGGAUGA